AUGCGCUAUAAUAAGUCAAAAGUACGAAUCAACUAUAAAAGGGGUAAUCAUCAUGUCGUUGACAAGUCAAAUAAAAGUAGAAAAAAAUUCAAACCGAAAUAUGAUUCAAGAGUGCGUCUAGUAAAACAAAGAAUAAUUCAAAAACAAAGAGCACAAUUCACCUGUCAAAAUUCAAAGCAGAAAAACACCACUUCCAAUAACGAAGAAGUUAGUCAACCAGAAAAGUUGAUCUCUAUACCAAAACCGAUACACAAAUUAUCCAAUGAAACUACUGAACACAGGGAGACAAUAUUACCGGUUGAAUCGGAUACAAAUAGACCGUUGAAAAAGGUCAAAAUUGUUGAACCUAAGAAAUCAAAAAGUGGUCAGUCGAAUGAAAAUCAGCAACAACCUCAUUCAAAAGAGAAAUCUACAAAAUCCAAGUCAAAUCUAUAUUCAUCAGACAAUUCAAAAGAAGUCUGGUUCGAUGAUGUUCCAUCAGCUUUGAUUGCAAAUUCAAUGCAUGAUCAGGCGGCUACAUCACAAUCUUUAGUGAAAUCAACAUCAUUUACUGGUCCAACACGUCGUAUUGCAAUGGAUUGUGAAUUUGUUGGUGUAGGCUAUGAGGGCGCUGAUGAUGCACUAGCACGUGUUUCAAUUGUUAAUCAAUUCGGUCAUGUCCUACUAGAUACAUAUGUACGUCCUGAAGAACGUGUUGUUGAUUAUCGAACAAAAUUUUCUGGUAUACGACCACGUGAUUUAAGAAAAAAUGGACCAGCUCGACCAUUUCAUGAAGUACAUAAAGAAGUUGCUGAUCUGAUUAAGAAUAGAGUAUUAGUUGGUCAUUCAAUUCUAAAGGAUCUUCAUGUUCUACGACUUUCUCAUCCACGUCGUUUCAUUCGUGAUACCUCACGUUAUCGACCUUUUCGUGACUUAUUCUCUGGUCGUAUCCCGUCAUUGAAAGCAUUAACCCAGAAGGUACUCAGUGUCACUGUACAAGAUGGUGAACAUGAUUCUGUGGAAGAUGCCAGAGCUACUAUGCGUUUGUAUACAUCUGUUAAACGUGUAUGGGAAUCGAGUAAAAAGAAUCGAAGUGUAACAACAACAAAUAAAAAGUUGAAGCAAGUUGUAAAUCUUGAAGAAAAAGGCCAACUCGAUGUGAUAGAUGAAUAUAAGUCUGGAUUACCAGAAGACAAACCAAAGUUAAGCAGUCAACAGUCAAACAAAACUGGUAGGAAUAAAACGCCUACACGAUGGGAUCCUUUACGUGGUCGUAAAUGUUCCAAAAAACGGUUGAAAUUUCUUAAUAAACGUCGUAAACAACAGAAAUAUAAGUGA